AUGGAGGCUCUAGGAAUGUCUAAUGGGAAAGGGAAUUCCAGAAGAUGGGCGCAGCAUGGGAAAGGCCUUGAUGAGGAGUGUAAAGUGGUAACUCCUGUACAAAGUACAACGCCAGGUCUUGUGAUCACUGAGGUCAUAUACGGUACCAUAAGUUUUGAAUUCUGCUUUAGCCGAACAUUUUCCCGAAAUAGCCAUUUCCAACGUGCAAUUUCUGCUGCACGGCUUUUUCCAGGGCCUUUAGCUCUGGAGCUGAUUAAUGUUAAAGUGGAUUGGGCCCACGUGCAGUUCCGCAGCAUGAAGCACUUGAGGCCUCUCCCUGUGUCCCACAGGCAGUAUUGCCUUGUGAAAGAGAUCAACUCGCUCUUCGCUCUUUAUCAUACGACCUUCAUGCGGCUAAAAUGCAUUUCACCUCUCGAUCUGACAAGAUGCAACAUUAACUUGCUGUACGAAGAUGUUUUCCAGAACAACAUUCAUCUAAACACCCUGGUGCUAAUCGGGAACCCCAUACUAUACAUUGCAGCGAGCGCAUUCAAUGGCCCACUGGCCCUCAAACAUCUCUUCUUACAACAAAUACCUUUAACAAAUGUGACUUUUAUCCCGCUGGAACACUUGCAGCACUUGGAGACCCUCAGCUUUGGAAACAACUUUAUCUCCUCUUUGCAGCUUCCCCACAAUUUCCCCAUAAAGAAUCUGAGAGUCCUGGACUUCCAGUCCAAUUGAAAGAUUCUCGCUGCCGAUGUUGAAAUUCUUAAGCAAAGCAAUAAUUUGAGCCUUAUAUUAAAGGGAAACGACAUUGAAUAUAUUGAACCAAAUUCUUUCGAUUCCGUCAAUCUGUAUAGUUUAGAUCUUAAAGGCAACCGCGGUGACCUUGCAAAUCUUUUAUCGAGCACCGCGUUCUCCUGUCUGACGACCAUUCAAAGACUAGAUUUAACCGGAACGCAUGUGGAGUCUCUUCCUUUACUGAAAUAUCUGAAUUUGUCAAGGAUGAAUAUUAAUGCCAGCAAUGAGAACUUACUCAAGGGCCUUGAAAGCCAAACAUUCCUGAACAUGGAGAGACCUCCUUCCAUAUGGGAAUUAUACAAUAUUUUCCUCCAAGCUCUACAUUUAGAGGUACUCAUCUUAUUAUCCUGCAACCUGACAGCAAUAGAGCAUCGGGCAUUUCAUAAACUGGCAAAGCUUCAAUAUGAAGAUCUCCGACACAAUAAAAUAACCAUAUUUAGCAGUAAUGCGUUUAGGGAUCUAAGCCACAUCCACUUGAACUUUGCUUCCAACAUGAUUUCCGACAUAGCUUCACAUUUGCUCCAUAACAUAUCAGGCACAAGCGCCAUUAACUUAAGCCACAACCCAAUUGACUGUUUGUGUUUCAACUUCCAGUUUUUGAAUGAAAAAAUAUUUGAAGAUAAAUCUAUUACUCUAUGCGGAUCUCCCAAAUCCAUAGAAGGCACAACAUUGUCUGCACUACAGUUAUCAUGUGGUUUGUCUGCUCCCUGGAUAUUUGUUAUCAUUCUAGGGACUGUUAUAAUAGGUCUGGGAGUCAUAUUUGGGGACAGUGCAGCCCAACAGGACAGUGCCGCCCAACAGGACAGUGCAGCCCAACAGGACAGUGCAGCCCAACAGGACAGUGCAGCCCAACAGGACAGUGCAGCCCAACAGGACAGUGCAGCCCAACAGGACAGUGCAGCUGGCAUUAGAGAAAGCCGGUGGCGAUGA